AUGAUUGUUUGCAAUGGAAGAAUCAAGACCUUCGAAACGAGUGCGCCAGGCCUGCGAGCCAUGUCGGAGGACCGAAUGGAUAGUCUUGAAGGAAAGCUGGACCAAGUACUGGCACGUCUUGGCUCAAAUGGAGCAUCGGGGCGAGCCACAGAUAUACCCCCCGAGGUUGGCGAACCUGGCCCGACACCAGCAACAGGACUUGCUGUAUCUGAUUCCUCCAGAAACUAUGUCCCCAGUUCUUUCCCGUUCAAUUCUGAAUCCAUUGCCCGGAUAGGUUCCCUCUAUCUGAAAUGGUGCCAUCGGCAGCCGGUUGAGCUAUUCAAUUCCGAGAAUUUCAUUGAGACACUUCCAAAUCGAGACCCGGAACUUCUUAUUGCGCUGGGUUCGUUGAGCUUGCGAUUUCCACCUGGGACGUCAAAUUCUAGCAAGGAAGAACAGCUCGAAGCCAUGACGACCAAGUGUCGAACCAUGGUUAUGGAGCGCCUUGCUACGAGCAAGAUAGAACUUUCUACUUUACAGACUUUGUGUCUAUUGGGAAUGCUUGAUAACACAGGAAAGAUUUACCCGCCACAGUCGACUUUACAGGCGGAGUUCAACCUAUCCAUGGCUUGUCAACUGGUCCAAAGCCUCAUGAGCUGCCUUGGUCAGUCAAAUUCCCCGCUUGUAGAGUCUAGAGAGCUCCGACUCUGCAUUCGCAGUAUCUUCAUGCUUCAGAACUUGUAUGGUUCUCUUCCGGUCGUCGCAAGGUUCAUGCCGACCAUAGGCGGUGGUGUUCAGGCUACUGCACACCUGCUCCCAUUGACGGACUUCACGUCUAGCGAUGGAGACUCGGGAGAUUCGAUCAAAUAUAUAGCCAUGCUGACUGAUGUUUGGCAACUGGCGCGUGCUUAUGCCGCCAAACGCCCUACUACAGAGACAGUACCCCCAUGGGCACCCUCGUCAGACUACUCCUCUGUCAUGCAGCAUCAUCUAGAGAUCGACUCCCGAGUUCCCUUGACGCACCGAUAUGAGAAGAACCGCAUCGAAGAGUAUGCACCUGAGAUAUUGCAGCAAAAGAGGGAUCACUGGGGUCCGUGGUUGUUUCUCCAAUUUGUAUACUCUACUAUUCCAUGUUUAUUGAACCAUCCUUUCCUCUUGUCACUCCGAUUGGCAAACUUUAGGGACUCGAUCCCUCACUCUUUCAUCCAGCAAUCGUUUGAGAACAUAACGAGGAAUGCAGGCUGGAUCUGUCAUUUCUUGGACGUUUUGGAGGACAAGCAGUUUGCUACUUCUGAUCCUACCCUGGCCCACUGUGUUGUCAUCAUAGCGACGAUCCAUCUUCAGCACAGCUUUGUCACAACCGAUAGUGACUUGAGAGAGUCAGCACAGAAAGGGCUACAAAAGUGCAUGAACUUCUUGUGGCGCAUGGGUUCCACCUGGCGUAUCGUCAACACCAUGGCAGAGGAUUUGGAGCGGCUACAAGAAAGCGUAGUUGCUACACCAACUCCUCGUGGACCAGAAACUGGCAAUAGUCAGGCGGCUUGGACCAUUGAUACAAGACUUUUGAACGACUUACUCGUUCAAGGAUACUCCAGCCGGAGUUCACCACAAAACAAUAGCGAUGUCUUUGGAAAGUCACUUGUUCCCGAGAACAACAUUUCUCAAGAAAGCGGCGUGGACUUUGAUCUUGUUGGAUCUGUAGGCAUAUUUGGACACAGAGCGGUGCCCAAAGCGACUCCGCUCUAUGCGCCAAACAAGGAACCAAGGACCCCUUUUGGGAGGACAGAGUUCAUUACGAACAGCCCAGAACACCCAGGUCGUCUACCUCAUGCAAUGAGCGGUAAUAUUUUGCAAGACGGUUGGCUACUCAGCGCGAACGAUUAUGGACAGGCAAUUGAGACAUGGCUAGACUCCAAUGCACCAGUGUAUAAUUGA